UUGUCCUCUCUGUGUUUUGUUUUUGAAGAUUACAGAUAUAAAAAGGAUGAGCUGUUUAAAAGGCUGAAGGUGACAACUUUUGCCCAGCUGGUCAUCCAGGUGGCCUCUCUGUCCAACGAAACCUUGGAGGUGACAAAUGAGGAGCUCCAGAAGCUGCAAGGUGACAACAUUAAAGAUCCUGAGGCUGCAGGGGAAGAUGCAGCGGGGCCAAACAGCAAAGGAAGCUCUGAGGGGACCCCCAGCCCCAUCCUGUUCCUGAACAACGCGGGAGCCGGGGAAUCUCCUCGCUCCACGCUGCAGAGGUGCCUCAAAACAACUCCAUUUUCUUCCUGUGCUAACAUGGGAUUAUUCCAACCCACAGCUGCUGAUUUUAAAUUGCUGCUGAGUGGUUUUGUGUUGUGUUUCUUAUUGAAGCCUGAGAGGGAGGGCAUUGACAAGUUUUCAUCUUAUUCCUACCCCAUUGCAACGUUGUCAAGAACUAUGAAUCCGUACACGAACAAUAUUCUGGAAUAUAAAAACGCCCACGGAAAAAUCAUCAUCGUGUACGACAACGACGAGCGCCUGGCGAGCCARGCAGCCACCACCAUGUGUGAGAGGGGCUUUGAGAAUCUCUUCAUGUUAUCUGGGGGUCUCAAAGUCCUGGCCCAGAAGAUCCCCGAGGGGUUGAUCACCGGAACCCUCCCCGUGUCCUGUCAGGUGGUGGCACCCUCGGGAUCCUCCCGCAGGAAAACAACUCCCAGGGUGCCACCCACGAGAGCUGAGAACAAAUGGAGAUUCUCUGCUGAUGAUCUGCAGAAAUUAAAGCAUUACUUGGCCGAGGAGCACGUCCCUUCAGAUGCUGCCAGCCGCCUUACCCGGGGUUUUUCCAGCCACGAUUCCAAACCCUCAUCCGUGAGGAGCAAUCCCAGCCUCACCAGCUCCAGUGGCAACGCAGGAUCCCUGAGCAGCCGCACGCACAGCAGGACCAGCGUCCAGAACAGACCCUGGAAAUAAAGGAGUGUCCAGGUUUUGGGAAUCCUGAGCAGUGCAGAGCCCCUUUGUGGUUUUAGGAAUCGGCAGGGAAAAGCAGCCGUGGUGAGAAGUGGCAGCUCGGGUAAGGCUGGGCAGCUGGGAUCACGGUUCCUGGAGGCAGGAAUGGCAUCUCUCGAGGUGCUGGGCAGGAUUGAAGUGACAAAAAUGUGUUUUUAGGGGAGGGAGCAAACUGGUAGCAAAGUGUGGGACCGGUAGAAACUGUUCCACAAAGCUUUUAGUCCUGCUGAGGGAAUUUUGUGUCUGUAACAUUCCUCAGAGCUGCGAGGGUGAACAGAUCAGAAAUCACCCAUGAGCSCAAACUUUGGUGUUUUUAGCAGAGAUAAAGACAUUCAGCAACUUGCCAAAAGCGAGGGAAGAUCCUGGGAAUGUUUUUUCUUUUUUUUUUUAUUUAAUUAAAUUAUAAUAAUGAACAGAGAUAUUUGUAAUAAAAGUGUUUUCGGAAUUGCUCGGUUGGUGCUGUGACGGUCGUGCUUGCUCGUGGACACUUUGUGAAUAGUUGUGUCUUUUCCAAGGUGAACAGAAGGACAAUAACUGGAAAUUUAUUCCCUUUGCCAGAGGUUUUUUUAGGAGUUUCUUUAAGGUUUAGGGUGGCUGAAGGGAAAUUUGCUGCUGCUGCCUCACCGGGGUCCCCAAAACCCAACAGGGGCCUGGAAUCUGGACAUGAACAGGGUGGAAAAGGAGUAGCAGAGUUUUCCUCAAAUUGGUGCUUCUGGAUAACCUGGGAAUGCUGAUUUUCCUGAGCUCUGGGAGACUUUGGAGGUGCUUUUGGAAGGAUUCUGCUCUCCAGUUUUUCCAUCUGGCGUUGCUGAGCCUGGCCCAGCUUUGGUUAUCGUGACAUUGUGGGAUCUGUGUGUAUUUUUGAAUUCUGGUGGUUUUCCCCUCUUUUUGAAGCAGACAAUCUUCAACACCCCCCAAAAUUCCCUGGUGAUUUUGGGAUAAAUCUGGUACAAGGACAAAAAGCAGAAGAAAUGGCCCAUCAUUUCCAGUUUGGCAGCUGAAGACUCAACACCCUGAGCACAUUUAUCAUUUAUUGUGUCUCUGAGUGUGAAAUCAGACAACUCUGACUGCAGGACUGGUUGUUUCAGUCUGACAAGCUCCUGCUCRUGUGGGAAUAGAUUUUCCAGCUCCGUGAGCUCUUGGAAGUGUCAUUGAAUUGGAUAAAAUCCUGAUUUUGGUACCCAGMUGUGGGAGACAGAUCCAGAAUCCCUGUGCUGUGUGAAAACUGCUGGUGAGAUGGACAAAACUGGCCUGAGUUGUUUGAGAUCCUCCAAAUCCAAGGAAUCAAAGGAAGGACUGAAUGUGCUUUCCCACCAUCUUGAUGGAUUUGUGUGGAUUUGGACUCUCGGUGUUGUYGGGAGCAGAGUCAAACUCUGCAGAGGCUGAGAGGUUUAAUUUAAUAAAAUGUCAAUUAYA